CGUGAAAUGUGGGCCAAGUAAAUAGGGGUGGGCUGUUGCAAGAGGAACAGGAAGAAUAGAAACGAGAGCGAGAGAAGUUAUUGACGAGACAAAGGGAUGAGCCAAAAAUGCUGCAUCUAGUCUGCAGUGACUUCAAGAGACGAUAUAAGAAAUUAAAGUCCAGAAUAUAAGGCUUUGACAGAGAGAAUAAUGGACUUUACAGCAACUAACGUUGAAAGUGCCGAGCUGGAGCCUCUUAUCAUCACAGAAGAUGGAGAUUCAAGCGAGGGUGUCCCCGAGGGAGAGGCAACAACAGGCAGCUCCGACGCCGCUUCCGAAAGCUGCAGCGAAGACUCUGCCCUCGAAAAGAAAGAGGAACCCUCGGGAGAGGACGGGAAUGAAGAAGCUGUAGCGAGUAAAAUGGAUUCAGGGGGGCAAAGAUCCGGACAGCACAUCGCUGAGGAGGAGCACAAACCAGAGAGCAGAAAAGAUAAAGAACAGAACACAGAUAGUGAAAGUGAAGAGAAGUCACACGAAGUGACCAAUGGAACGUCCAGUGAGGCAGCAGAAGAAAAGCUUCCACAAGAAGACCGACGAGUGCAAAUAAAGAGAUUAGAGACCUCAGAGCAGCCACCGGAGGGAGCAGAGAAACACGAGGAAGAUGCAAAAAAGGCCCACCGGUUAACCCCUGACUUCCCGGAGGCGCUGUUCGAGCUGCUCUGCACGUUUCAGGAGGGGAGACGUCUCAACGAUCAGCGCUGCUCCUUCAGGCUGGAGGAAGGCAUGAGGAGGAGGAGGUGCCACUCGGAGCCCAACACCAGGAAACCGGUCAACAGAGUUGUUUUUUCCUCCAUGACUUCACUGCAGAAAGAAGAGUUUUUUGACUUGGUGGCAACGGCACAAGCCCGCCGACUGGACGACCAGAGGGCGCACCUGGGGAGGUCCGUGCCAGCAAAACCAAAGUCCAGAAGUUUGAGAGGCAGCCUGAGGCAGCUCUCGAUAGUGAAAAAGCCCGAACUGGUUCCUGCUCCAGUACCGAAAGACGACCUGUAUGAUAUGAUUCGGACAACUCAAGCUCAGGGCAGGCUGGAGGACCAGCGCAGCCGGGCUCCGGGUCCCAUGGACGACGAGGACUUCUUCUCCCUGCUGCUGAGGGUGCAGGGGGGGGCGCAUGGAUGAACAGAGGACUGAGCUGCCGUGCUUGCUUCAAACCUGAGACGCAAAAUUAGAAACCCAAGCAGUAUUUUUGUCGUUUUGCUU